AUGGAGGACUUCACCAUUCAGAAGGAGAGCAAAGACCCUAUCGCUCGCGACCUUGAGACUGGGUCGUCGCAGGAAGGCACCAUGGAGCCCAGUAAGGAGAUGAUCAUUCGCGAUGACUUGGAGCCUCCCAAGAUCGGUGCUUCAUUUUGGGAGAAGUUAUCUUUUGCCGGGCUCGAGAUGCGAGGUGCUGAACCUGUGCCCGUCGAGAAGCGUACCGACACGCAAUACAUCAACGUCUUCACCAUCUUUGCAACCUCGAUGACCAGCUUGUUACCCAUCGGUAUCGGCUCCGCAGUCACUGUUGGCUACGGUCUCAACCUCAAAGCGGCCGCGUGCAUGAUUGUCUUUAUUCAAUUCUUGUUCGCCCUCCCGGCCGCGUAUAUCAUGACCAUUGCACCUCGAACCGGCAUGAGACAAAUGAUUCAGUCACGAUAUUGCUUUGGCAAAUACUGCAAUAUGCUCACCACGCUCGUCGUCACCCUGACGGUCGGCGGGUUUGGCGUGACAGGCAGCAUCAACGGCGGCCAAUGUCUCGCGUCCGUGCAGCCAGGCACUUUGUCGGUCGGAGGCGCCAUCUCCAUCAUCAUGGUGAUCAGCAUGCUUAUCGGCUUCAUGGGCUACCGAGUUCUGCACCUCUUCACGCGCUGGGCGUGGAUCCCAAGCUUGUUUGCCAUCAUCGUCCUCAUCGGCGCCGCAGGGGACCAACUCUCCCACCAGGCGCCGUCCCGCGCCCACAAGGCCCAGGAGUACAUGGGCAUCGUUGCCUUCGCGGCCGGCAACAUGGUGACGUGGUCCAACGUCGUCGGCGACUACUCAUGCUACAUGCCGCCCGAGGCGCCGCGGCUGCGCAUCGCCGCGUACUGCCUCUUCGGGAUCGCGACGCCCUUCUCGCUGCUCAUGGUGCUGGGCGCGGCCAUCGGCGGCGCAGCGUCAUCCGUCCCCGCGUGGUCGACGGCGUACGCGAACGCGGGCAUCGGCGGCGUCAUCGGGACCAUCCUGGUCGACCGGCUGGGCGGGUUCGGCAAGUUCAUCCUGGUGCUGCUGGGCACGUCGGUGCUGGCGACGUGCGCGCGGGACGUGUACACGGUCUCGUUCAACCUCACGGUGCUGGUGCCCGUGCUGCGCAAGGUGCCGCGGGCGCUGCUCGCCGUCGUGGCCACGGGCGCCAUCAUCGGCGUCGCCAUCCCGGCCUCCAAGUCGUUCGUCGCCUCCGUCAUCAGCUUCCUCAGCAUCAUCGGCUACUACGCCGGCGCGUCCGUCACCUGCUUCCUGACCGAGUGGCUCUACUUCCGCAACGCCGACCCCGCGAGCUUCGACCCGACCAUCUGGAACGACGGCCGCGCCCUGCCCUCGGGCCUCAGCGCCAUCGCCGCCGUCGUCAUCUCCUGGGCCUUCAUCAUCCCGUCCAUGGACCAGACGUGGUACACGGGGCCCAUUGCCAAGAAGACCGGUGACUUGGGUUUCGAGUUCGCCGUCGUCGUUGCUUUGCUUGCGUAUAUUCCCAUUCGGACUCUGGAGAUCAAGAUGAGAGGUCGUUUGUGA